UUAACUUGUUUGAUUUGGAAUAAUAAAUAAUUCAUAAAAUAAAAUAAUUCAUUAAAUCCAAUUAAAUAAUUAAUUUCAAAUCUAGUUAUUGUUUGUAUAAAAUAAGUUUGUGUUUGGAGAAGUGUUACUAGUCCUUUCCUGUAGUAACCACAGGCAUGCCUGAUAAAAAUAAUGAUGUUGAAAAUGAUAAAUAUGUAGAAAAAAGCAGAAGUGGUCAACCAAGAAAAGAGAAAUUGAGGGGUAAAAGUGAUAUUAACAAAAACACAAAAUAUCGAAAGAAAGUAGAACGAAUUCCUAAACAGAAGAACCAAACUCAGAAUAAGAAGCUGGAACGAAGUAAAGCGAAUACUGAUGUUGGUGACAUUGAGUCUGAAAUUGAUACUGAAAAUGAGGAGGAACACAUGGCAGAAUUGUCAUCAGAUAAUGAAAAGAGUGAUGAUAAAACAGUUAAGGUAUCCAGGAAAAGAGGACGAUCUAAAAAUACAGAAACAGAAUCCAAAAUAUCACCUCAAAAGAUGAUGAAACAAAAUAAGAAAAUUCCUCUGUCCAGUGUUAAAAACGAUUCACAGUAUGAAAGACCAGAAAAGAGCGAUGAUGAUUCUGAAACUGAUGGAACAUAUUAUGAAGUGAACAAGAUAAAGGAUGUACACUUCAGAAUGAAUGGAACUCGGGAGUUCCUUGUCUCCUGGAAGGGGUACAAGUCCAAUGAUGACACCUGGGAACCAGAGGCUCACCUGAACUGCAAAGAUUUGAUUGAGAAAUUCAUGGAAAAAGUUCAAAAGGCAAAGGAAAUUUCCCCAAAGGAGUUGAGAAGGAUGAGUCGAAGAAAACAAAUUGUUCCUGUCCCACAAGCCAGGAUACAUUGUGGGUAUAGACUGCGUAAUCCUGGAUUUCGGCCAUUUUAUGAAGAUUGAUGAGAUCAGCAAUGAACAGUGAAGACAGUGGAGCAGUCAAUGUCUUUCGUGGAAGUAUUUCACAUUCAGGGUGGCCACCCAACCAGGAAUAAGCCGGGAAUUUAACUGACCAGGAAUAAGCCGGCCAUUUUUCUGAGAAUCGGAAAAAUUUUAAAAAUACUUUUCCCGUCUUCAAGAUCUUAUUAAAUCAAGACAUAAUUUGGCAGCUUCUCGUAUCAAGAACUGAUCAUUAAUCACGAAACAUCGUAUUUUACGCGACGUGGCUCGUGAAAAUGUGAAUGAAGAUCGAUUUAUGUACGUGAGCUACUCUGACGCCGUUUGAUCUGAGGUUACCUCCACUAGUGUAUCUUGGUUAGUUCUACUCCUGUGCCGUGGCAAGCCUCCCCUCCCCCAAAAGUACGUAACAAUGCAUUAAACAAUUAAAAUCGGCCGACCGAUCGUUCCUGACUUCGGCACUAAACGAGCGGUACGCUUUAAGCGGUAAUGCAGCAGAGCGGUAGUAACCGCGAUACAAACGGGGUUUUUGUACUUAAGUAUUAUUCAGUCGCCGAAGUGGGGUCUCCGGACGAAGUUGUCCACUCUUAUUCUUUUGAGAAAAUUGUGUUUUGGAAAGACGUGUGUUAGUUAGAUAGCACAAGCCUAAAAUGUUUAGUGCUAUAAACAGGCUUCAGAGUUCGGUUCGUUGAAUAAUAUAAUGUUUGACGGUUUGAUAAGAGGUGCAGCCCGGGUGUUUGAGUACACCAGAAUGUCAGUUGGAUUUAUACAUAGGGGCGUUUGCGUCCUGUUGCACAGCAAUGACAGACUAAGCUGAGGGUUGAGCGGCACUUAAUGUUUAGAAUUGGCGGCGGAUAAGUGCCAUCGUGUGGUACUGCCCUGCUGCUCACGUGUGCCAUGGCUAGUGUCGGGUGUUCCCCAUAUGUACAACACAAACAUUAAACUUUUAAGUCCCCGCCCAAUCUAGCGCUCACCGCCCACCGGUAACUGCUCGUAUCGCGGCCGAGGCCUCGGUUGGUCUGUGAACGAUUGCUCCUCACACAUGUGCCGAUUGUCAUCAAAUUACAUAGGUUAAAACAAAGGAAGUGAUGUUAUGUGUUGACAUCAAGAUCACAUCCAAAUCUCGACUGAACUGCGUUUACACCGGAAAAAAUGGCGCAAGUUUUGUGUCCAACUAAACAUCGCUAGUCUAAACGGGCGCAAGAGCUCUCGCGAGCGCUGCUGCAACCAGUACCGGACAGUCGGUUACAAGACCUGGAGAACAGUGUCGGCUAACAUUGCCGAGACAUCACUGUCGUGUGUGAACAGACUUCGUCCUGACUCCCGGAAUACUCAGCGAUACAAGUACUUGCGACAUUUCUCGUGAGUAAAAUUGCUUAUAUUGUUCACAUUAAGCUACAGUAUUCAUUGUACAUGCAACUUAAUGUUGUUGCCAGUCUACAAACGGCAGACGGCCAGCCGAUCGAAUCAGCCACGCUCAUCAGUUUUCGUCGUCAGAGCGGCAUUUCGUAGUAACAACAACAAGAAUGUAAUCUAACUGACUGAGUCUGCACUGUCUAUUCGUGGACAAAAACCAUCGGCGGUACUCAAAUUAUCGAUUGGUGAAACAUGUUUUUGUAGUUCUUUGUUUAUAAAACAAUUUAGAAAUAUAUAACAACAGAAUAACGUAAUUUAUAAAUAAUAUUAUAGUUGAAGUUCGUUUUUUCUGUGUCUAUAUUUUUCAACGCUAUCGUGUCUGCUGGUUCUAUGUGUGAACUUUAGCUCCUCGAUAGUAAACAGACUGAAUUCGUAUUUUAUCCGUACUUCGUACUUUGCGUAGUUGUAAAUAAAUAUAUUCUCUAUAAAUAUACAUCCAUACAUUUUUACGUAAAUGUAAUAUAUUCUGGAGGCUUAUUUUAUAACCUACCAUUUCUAUAACUUAAAAAGAAAAAAUGACUUGGAAUUUAAAAUAUAUUCAUUUCCCUGCAUCUUUGCCAUUAGUUCCAUUAAAGUAACGUGGUUUUCUUUAUCUUCCCCCCCCCCCCCCACAAAAGAUAAAUUAAUUAAGUAGAGUUCAGAUGAAAGUAUUUGGUUUAUUUGUUGAUUGUACUGAACCGACCUUGUGUACCGGCGAAAUCAUUGUCUUGUACCGAAAGUUCGUCCACUUUUAGACCUCUGACCACGCAAUACUGGGCUGCAGUCUGCCCAACGGUAGCGCUGUGUUGGUAUUUAUUUAUCAUCUUUGUAUUUCCGAAUUGGAUCCGAUGUGGCAUUUCCUGCAAAUACUGCUACUGGCGAUAAAAUGCACUUGGCGUGUGUUAAAUACAGUAUUAUAGUUGUCUAUUUGGUUUGGAAAUAGACUAGAUAAUCGAAAAUUUUCGACCUGGAAAAAACCGGGAAUUUGAAAAGAUGUUUUGAGUGGCCACCCUGACAUUGUCAUUGCUAUGAGUUUCUUUAGCAGUAUUAAGUAUUUAACACUGAUUAAGUUUUUGAUUGAUUCUCACUAAACAAACUAUGUUUCACUCUAAUUUUACUUUAUUUAGACAAAACGUCAUUAUAUAUAUAUUUUUUUUUUUUUUGUGUGUGAUAUA